GCUGACCUCAUACUUUUUCAUCGUCUAUCAAGCCUUCUUUUCCAAUGCAGAGGCGCAGACGAUCAAAAGCGAACAGUUGACUUUCUGGGAUCUUUAUAUUAUAUAGCGGACGGGACGCGUCCAUAAUGGAUUAUUUGUUGUGAUUUGUUUCGACUGUAGGAUUUAUAAGAAACGGUCUUAUUGUUUAGGAGUAAAAGAAGGAUACACGUUGACAAAAGACGCCUAUGAGGCUCCGAAAGUGAAGAGAAAAAAAUAAAAGCCAUAAGAUGGACCUGAGGUUACUCUUCAUAUCAAUAUUAUUAGGCGUUAUUUGUUACAGCAGCGCACAGCAAGAGGGCAACGAGUGCAUUAAAGCCAACGUGUUAUCUUGUGGAGACUGCAUACAAGUGGGGGCUAAAUGUGGUUGGUGCACUGAUACGAAAUUUCUAAAACAGGGAGAGCCCACAUCGGCUCGCUGUGAUGAGCUGGAGUCGCUUAAGAAAAGAGGCUGCGCUGUCUCCAAGGUCGAGAACCCACGCGGAAGCCAAAGGACCCUAAAAAACAAACCGGUGACCAACCGUAAGAAAGGAGCAGAAAAACUUCGACCCGAAGACAUCACACAGAUCCAGCCACAGAAACUCAGCCUGCAACUCAGAUCUGGUGAGCCUCAGAAUAUUAAACUGAAGUUCAAGAGGGCUGAGGACUAUCCCAUUGACCUGUACUACCUUAUGGACCUGUCCUACUCAAUGAAGGAUGAUUUGGAAAAUGUAAAAAACCUGGGAACAAGUUUGAUGCUGGAGAUGUCCAAGAUUACCUCAGAUUUCAGGAUUGGUUUUGGCUCUUUUGUGGAGAAGACGGUUAUGCCAUAUAUCAGCACCACGCCAGCCAAGCUCCUAAACCCUUGUACUGGGGACCAAAACUGUACCAGCCCCUUCAGCUAUAAAAAUGUGUUGAAACUCACCAGCGAUGGGGAGCAGUUUAAUACUCUGGUGGGGAAUCAACAGAUAUCGGGUAACCUUGACUCACCUGAGGGAGGAUUUGAUGCUAUCAUGCAGGUGGCUGUAUGUGGGAACCACAUAGGUUGGAGAAAUGUCACUCGUUUGUUGGUGUUCUCCACGGAUGCAGGUUUCCACUUUGCUGGAGAUGGAAAACUCGGCGGAAUCGUUCUUCCCAAUGAUGGGAAAUGCCACCUGGAAAACAACAUGUACACAAUGAGCCAUUAUUAUGAUUAUCCCUCCAUCGCCCACCUUGUUCAGAAACUGAGUGAAAACAACAUUCAGACCAUAUUUGCUGUCACAGAAGAAUUUCAGCCUGUUUACAAAGAACUUAAAAACUUAAUUCCGAAGUCUGCAGUGGGCACGCUGUCAGCAAACUCUAGCAACGUGAUCAAUCUUAUUAUUGAUGCCUACAAUUCUCUCUCCUCCGAGGUCAUUCUGGAAAACAGUAAACUUCCUGAGGGAGUGACCAUCACCUAUCAAUCACACUGCAAAAACGGUAUAGUGAAUGAUGGAGAAAAUGGAAGGAGGUGCUCCAACAUCUCCAUCGGAGAUGAGGUAUCCUUCAGCAUUAAUAUCACAGCUCAGGGUUGCCCCAGACAAGGCAAAGAAGAAAAAAUUAAGAUUAAACCUUUGAGUUUUACUGAGGAGGUCGAGAUCACCCUCAACUUCAUCUGCGAGUGUGACUGUCACAAGCAGGGCAUCAAAAACAGCGACUUGUGUCAUAACGGCAACGGCACAUUUGAGUGUGGAGCCUGCAGGUGCAAUAAGGGACGUGUUGGCAGACAGUGUGAAUGUCGUAAAGACGAGGUGUCCACUGAGGACCUGGACAAGAAUUGCCGUAAGGACAACGGCACGGACAUCUGCAGUAACAAUGGCGAGUGCGUGUGCGGCACCUGCGAGUGCAAGAAAAGAGACAAUCCUGAGGAACGCUACAGCGGCAAGUUCUGCGAGUGCGACAACUUCAACUGCGACCGUUCCAACAAUAAACUCUGUGGAGGACACGGCCGUUGUGAGUGCAGGGUUUGUGUCUGUGAUGCUAACUACACUGGAAGCGCGUGUGACUGCUCUCUGGACACCUCUACCUGCCUCGCCUCCAACAAGCAGAUCUGUAAUGGCAGAGGGAUUUGUGAGUGUGGGACCUGCAGGUGCACAGACCCCAAGUUUCAGGGUCCCACCUGUGAGAUUUGCCCCACCUGCCCUGGAGUCUGCACUGAACACAAGGAGUGCGUGCAGUGUCGGGCGUUCGGCACCGGAGAGAAGAAAGACACUUGUGAGAGAGACUGUAGUUACUUUAAUCUCAUCAAGGUGAAGGACAGAGACAAACUCCCCCAGCCCGUCCAGGCCUUCCCCCUCAUGCACUGCAAAGAGAGAGACGCCAAUGACUGCUGGUUUUACUACACAUACGCUGUCAAUAACACUGAGAAGGAGGUCCAUGUUGUGGAAGAAUUAGAGUGUCCGCCGGGUCCUGACAUCAUCCCCAUUGUGGCGGGUGUGGUCGCGGGCAUCGUUCUGAUUGGUCUAGCCCUGCUACUGAUCUGGAAGCUGCUCAUGAUCAUUCAUGACAGACGCGAGUUCGCCAAGUUUGAAAAAGAGAAGAUGAACGCCAAGUGGGACACGACAGACAAUCCAAUUUACAAGAGCCCUAUUAAUAAAUUCCAGAAUCCAAGCUAUGGACGUAAAGCUGUUGCUCUUUAAGGAGAAAAUCCUAUUUAUAAGAGCGCCGUAACAACUGUCAUCAACCCCAAAUAUGAAGGCAAAUAAAUAAUGGACAUCGAUGUCACAACUCAAGAGUGUUUUGGAAGGAACGGGCUAUGUGGAUAUCCUAUAUUUUCCUUUCAUUUGUUUCACAUUUUAUUUUUAUUCUUUUUGAAACUAUAUUGUAGUGUUAGAUAGCAGUAUUUUAUCAAAGACUGGCUGCCCCCCCCUCCCUGUACAGUUUGUAUAGACUUUAUAUUUACAUCUAUUUGUUUAUGUAAACAUUAUCUCUUUUCACACAGAAGCAUUUUGCUUUAAAUAUGGUGCAAAGGGAUCCAUAAAUCCCUCUUAAAAAAACAGGAUCAUAUUUACUUUUUCAUGAUGCUGAUAGUGUGUAUGUUGUCAUAGGACCGCUUGACGAAUGUGUAUUUGAUUUCGGAUUGUCAAGUGAAGUGAAACCAUCUUCUCUCUGAUCACCAUUGUAAACUGGGAAGGUUUGAUUUGUUAUGCUAAUAAUCUAUGCAUAUUUGUUCACUGUUAUAGAUUUUAUUUUAUGCCAAAAACAUGUUUAAUGCAAUGCAAAACACUUAACUGUUAAAAUGGCAUGUGUCCUGUGAUCAUAACUUUAUGCUGAAAAUGUUGUCUGUGCAUUUUAUAUGUCAUGAAAGGAUUAUGUGGUGAAGUUUUUUUAUGUGGCUCUUAAUGAGUAUCAGUGUAUUCAGGUGAUAUCCUGAUGUUAAUCGGUAUAGGAAGACAAAUGCCAUAAAACUGCUCAUUGGAAAUGGGCAUACUUGUUAUUCUCCACAAAUGAAGGAUUUUAUUGUUAUGUAAUUUAAAAGCUUACACUAGUGUUCAAUGAGCAUACUUGAUCAUCUUUGUAAUUUGAAUGUGAAGACAUGUAAAAUUAAAGUUGUAAUAAUUCACAAAUAUAAAGUCAGAGAUAAAAGCUAAACGCUACAAAAACCCUAAGCAGUAUGUGUUGCUUAAAAACAAAAUGAAGAAAAGAAGAAAAUGAGUUGUUUUGUGUGCAGAGGUUCAUAUCUUAUGCUCAGCGGUACAAAUAAACAUGUUUUACAAAUUUUAUUGAAAUGUAACCAAAACGUUCGGUCAUUUUAAAUGUACAAUAAUACUUGGGGAAAUUUUAUUUUAAAGAAAGACAAAAAGAGAAAUGCUGUAAAAACACCCCUCUGCUAUAGCUUGAGGUAUUGGUUUGGUUUAAAGUGCCUUUUUUCUGGUAUUCUCAAUAUUGGCAUUUAGAAUUUAUUUAUUAAAAGAAAUAAAGAAAAAAGAUUGUUGUAAUGUAUUUCUUUCUAAGCUAUGUAAAACAUUGACAAAUAAACAGUCACUAAUUAUUAAUGCCAUCAUGGAUUCUAAUAUUUGGGACACAUAAUAAAACGUCUCGGUUACGUAUGUAACCCUCGUUCCCUGAAGGAAUGGAACGGAGACGUCAUGUCGUGACCGAUGAAUUGGGAACUCGCUUAGAGAGACCAAUCUGCUUCGUUUACUACUACUUAAAUGCCAAUGUGCUUGGCAUUGAGGUUUUUGCAUAAUGCCGGCACCACCCCACCAGGUGCGUAUAUAAGCCGCAGGUGCAAAUAGGGAAAUUAGCUUCUUUUCGCUAAGAAAGCCGAGAAACAGUGACCGGCCGUAAACAGCAGGGAGCAGCACCUGUGGCAACGGGACGUGACAUCUCCGUUCCCUUCCUUCAGGGAACGAGGGUUACAUACCUAACCGAGACGUUCCCUUUCAGUUGGUCACUACGACUCACAGCUUUCUCUCUCUGCUGACCACCGUAACAGACAAAGAGCUGGUCUGAGGUCCUGAGGCUUUGUGUGCUAUCCACGUAGAGGCGCAGCACACAUACGGGACAUAAUAAAGCCAUGGUUGGGUCUGCCUCCUCCGGGGGCAGCGCUUGCAAGCUCACCACCUGAUCUCUGAAAGGAGUGGUGGGAACUUUGGGUACGUAGCCUGGUCUGGGUCUGAGCAUUACACUCGAGAGUGCAGGACCAAACUGUAGGCACGGACAUAACAAUCUAUCUGCACUCGACCGAAACGUUUCCAAACCAGCUGAACCGUCUGGGGGUGGAGUUGCCAUUUGCUGGGGCGUGCAGAUCGUGAAAGCACGUCUGCUGCUGUGUUGAGCAAACCCGGAAUGUGGAUGGCACAAAGGGACCUCAGAUGCUUCUGACUCCAAAGGCGGAUAUGACGGGCAGGAUGCGACAGGUGAUGAGAGCGCAGACCGCCUUGACGGUUGAUAUACGCAACAGUCGCAAUAUUGUCGGUGCGAACUAAUACAUCCUUCCCUCUCAGCUCCGUAGCAAAGCGUACAAGUCCCAGAUAUACAGCCCACAGCUCACGGCAGUUGAUGUGCCAAUGCAGCUGGGGUCGUACGUCGUACAUGGCUCCCCACCCCGUGUCGGAUGCAUCUGUGUGUACAACAGCAUGCCAAAAGAUCUGUUUCAUAGGCACACCUGCCAUCAGAAACGCGGGGUUUGACCACGGGGUGAAUGUUAGACGACACGCAGGUGUAAUGGUUACACGAUGUAUACCGGCAUGCCACACUCUCCUCGGAACUCGAUUGUGAAACCAACGCUGAAGCGAUCUCAUAUGGAGCAGCCCUAGCGGUGUCACAGCCGCGGCUGCUGCCAUAUGCCCCAAGAGCUUCUGAAAUUGUUUCAGAGGGACCGCGUUCUUCCCUCGAAAUGAAUCGAGGCAAGUCAGGAUUGACUGGACACGCGCUUCUGUUAAACGUGCGAUAAAUCGAUCGAGUCCAAUUCCAUACAGAGAAAAAAGAUCCUGCAAACCAAUCUUGGGGGCGUAUUGAUUGAAAUAUUAGUUUCGGCAUUAACAUUCUGAAGGAUCGUUUUUGGAGAGUCGUAACCCGCCGGCUUUUUUGGGAACUAUGAAAUACGGGGGUAAAAGCCUCAGCUCAUCGUGGCUGGAGGGACCGGCUCGAUCGUGUCCUUCGCCAGCAGGACAUCGACUUCUGCAUGCAGUACAUGUGCAUCGGACGCUUUCACUGUAGUGAAACAAAAGCCCGAGAAUUUGGGGGUGUGCCGGUUGAAUUGUAUUUCGUAGCCGAGGCGGAUCGUGCAUAAUAACCAACGGGACGGGCUGGGAAGCUGAAGCAAAACAUCCAAAGACCGUGUGAGUGGAAUUAGAGGCACUACCGGUGAACCCGCAGUGGGGCAGCCGAGUGGAACAGGUGUGACUGCCAGUGCAUGCGCCGUGGGAGCACACGCAGCUACAGUGUGUGGUGUGACACUGACCUGAGCCCGCUGAGGGUGAUGGUCAUCCAGUCUCCUGCUCUGAGAGCGCAGACUCCGGGAAGCACCCACUGGCGAUAGAGGAGAAGGAGGAUGAGAUUGUGUGUGCCCGCUAUCAGCUCUCUCGAUCCUCUGGAGACCUGGAAAAGAGAUAGGAAUGCACUCUUUUGUGGUUUUGUGUGUGCCGGCUGAGAAGCCGACGGAACAGAAACAAAACGAAACCAAAUAUUCUCCGCCCAGCCCCCCUCCGGGGGAAGGAGCGGUACGUUCACCAUCUCCCGAAGAGUGAUUCCAUCCGAUUCCAGGUCACCUGUCUCAGGGCCGCUUGGACCUCCGUUUGCCACCACAGGAAGCGGGCUGAGCGGGUGUGGCAGGCUGUCUACGGCUGUUCCCCCUCCGCUGCCGGGAUGUCGUCCUAGGGAGGGGGCGGGGGCAUCCGACCAGGGCGCCCUCGGCGAGGAGUAUAUGGCAAUUUCCAAGUGCGUGUCAGCUCCUCAAGCACCUCGGGGAAGAAAGGUUCAGGAGGUGAGGGCUGUGAGGCCCGGGCAGCUCCAAAGAACCAGUCAUCCUGAAAAGUAUGCUGAUCCCCGGAUUUACGAGAGAGUGGCUGUCUUUAAGCUCUCCAUAUCACUCUUUUAGGAAAUCACUCUUUAGAUGCUCAGCUGAUGAUGCGCACAGGGAUCAGCAAUGCACUCACUAAAACUCAAAACAAAAAAGCUGUAGAGUAGUAGAAAAACUCAGAGCGUCCGCUGUGGUACUGCUUGUCCAACCAACUUCAGCAAUCGUUUCCCCAAAGAGCAGAAAGUAGCUUCUCAGUUGCAGAUACUGCCGGCAUUUGAAGGGAAAAAGAUAAUUUCCCUAUUUGCACCUGCGGCUUAUAUACGCACCUGGUGGGGCAGCGCGGCAUUAUGCAAAUACCUCAAUGCCAAGUUCAUUGGCGUUUUAGUAGUAAACGAAGCAGAUUGGCCUCUCUAAGCGAGUUCCCAAUUCGUCGGUCAGAACAUGACGUCGUAGUGACCGACUGUGACGACGCUGAAUUACUUCCUCAUUCCAUCGGUGCAGAUCAUGGGAGUUCCUGAUUGGCUGUGCCCAUGCUAAUUGAUAGUUAGCCAGAAAAUAUAAAAGUGUUGUGUGUUAUUUGGAGUGGGGCACUCUAGGGGAAGUUUUCCUCUCGAGUGUCUCGUUCUUAUGUUUUCUUUCACAUGUAGCAUCCAGUUUUGUUAUAGUAAUUUGCAUUUCUUUGUUUUCUUUACCCCUAGACAUUUGUUUAUUAUUAUUGGUUGUGGUACAUGUUUAAUGUAAUAAAAUUCACAUUAAUUAUA